GUGUCCCCUCAGCAUCUGCUGCCCAGAUCAGGCUGGUGAAUGGGACCAGUGGGUGCUCAGGUUGAGUGGAGGUGUAUCGCCCCUACCAGUGGGUAAUUGUGUGUGAUAAUGGCUGGGACAUGAGUGAUACUGAGGUGGUGUGCAGACAGCUGGGGUGUGGCACUGCUGUUUGUGCCCCUGGGUCAGCCUACUAUGGGGCAGGGACUGGGAAUAUUUGGAUGGGUUACGUCAGAUGCUCUGGUACUGAACAGUCUCUGACCCAGUGCUCCUACAAUAGCAACCCUGACUGUGCCCAUAAUGAGGAUGCAGGGGUGGUGUGUUCCAUGGAAGGUCCCUCCAUCUCUCUCAUCUCCUCAUACUCAACAGUCUCAGCUGGAGAAACUGUUCAGAUCAGAUGUUCUAGGAGUGCAAGCCGGUGCAAUGGCAACUUACUUCUGUACAGAAAUGGAGUCAAUGUGAAUUCAGAGGCUCUUAGUUUCCUCCAGAGCAGCGCUACAUUUACUCUGUCUAACGUGGACUCCUCUCACCAGGGCCGUUACACAUGUGCCUACUCCUCCUCCUCUACUCAUAGCAGGUCCAUUAACAUCACUGUAGUUGUACUACAGAAGCCAAGUCUUUCACUUGAAACCAGCAAAGAGGUUUCUUGGGGUCGGUCUGCCCAGAUGAGGUGCUCCAUCUCUACACAGCACCUGGGUGGUACAUUCACCCUACAGCAGCUCUCUGGGCCUCUGCCCUCUUCACCAUUCCUCAAGUGGACUUUAUCCAUGAAGGAGCCUACUACUGCCGGUAUCAAACAAGGGUUUCUAGACGUGAAUUCACAUCCCCCCAAAGUGCUACUGUCAACCUUUCUGUAGUAGUUGUACUAGGCCAGCCAAGUCUUACACUGAAAACCAGCAAAAAGGUUUCUUGGGGUCAGUCUGCCAAAAUGAGGUGCUGCAUCUCCACACAGCACCUGGGUGGCACAUUCACCCUACAGCAGCUCUGUGGGCCAUUUAGAGAGACAAAGAUCUCCACUGGAACCUCUCCUCACUGGAACCUCACCAUUCCUCAAGUGGACUUUAUCCAUGAAGGAGACUACUACUGCCAGUAUCAAACAAGGGUUUCCAGUCGUGAAUUCACAUCCCCUCAAAGUGCUACUGUCAGCCUCUCUGUAAUAGUGGUGCUUGUGCAGCCCAACAUCUCUCUCAGUGCCCCAGAUGGAGGGCUGUUCUGGGGGCCUCAGGGGCCAGAGGUGACCAGGGGCCACAGCCUCUCCCUCAUCUGCUCUACUGAGCCACAGCACCAAGGAGGCUCCUUCCACCUCUUCUUUGAUGGGUCUAACAGGACCAGGACUCAGCUCGCCUUCAACCACUCAGCCUCCUUCUACAUUCCUGAGGCAGACUACUCCCACCAGGGCAACUACAGCUGUGUCUAUGAGGUCACUGUGUCCAGCCACACCUUCAAGUCAACACAGACAGCACCACUGACAGUCAUCGUAAGAGCGUCUCUGGCUCCCAUCAUUGCAUCUGGAGUGAUUUCAGGGUUGUUCCUACUUUUGCUGAUCCCUGCCGUCCUGUACCUGGUGAAGAAAAAGUGUUUGAGUGACACAAAUACACACACCAUCCAGAUGAACACUGUGGCAAACAGUUCUGCGAUCACAUAUGGUCAUGGACAAGUUGGGUCACCUUGGGAUGAAGAUGAGAACAUCUAUAUGAAUGCAGUCAUGCCUGCUGACCAGAGGGACCAUUAUAAAGAGGAUGAUGGAGAUCUGGAAGAUGACUAUGUGAAUGUAGAAGAGCUGCUUGGCCCAACUGCCAUAGACCAUGACUAUGAAGAGGAUGACAUCUACCAAAACUAUAAUUGAGACCGGUCUGGUACAUGUGGAUUUGAAAGCUGUUCUGUCAGUAUCCCUGUCCUGAGACUCUGUUCAUUUGUAGCCCUCUGCUGGCUCUCUGUGUUUUGACUUUCUCUGUCUGCUUUUGUUUUUGUCCACUAUGAGCUUUUUCCUCCAUCCUGCCAAGUUCGAUCACCACCUGUUCCCCAUUCAGUGUGUUACCCACCUUAUUGA